AGGGCAGGUCAGGCCGGGGGCGCGGUGGAGGGGAGGGACCGGGCGGCGCCGGGCUGGGCCUCCGGGCCCACUCCCCUCGCCCUGGAGGUGCGCGGGGCGGGGAGUGGCUGGGAGGCAAAUGGGACCCGUGGAGCUUUAGAUCCCGGGACCGCCCUCUCCCGCUCCAGGGCCGGCGGCGAGUGGCAACGACGGCCAGAGCCGCAGCGGCAGUAUGAGAGCCGGCGCCGAGGCUCCAAGCCUGCAGACGCGGGGCGGGCGGCGGCGGCCCUUUCCGCGCUGGCCAUGGGUACGCGCUGGGGCCGACGGCGCAGCCGGCGCGGAGGCCAGGGGCUGCCUCUGGCCGCCUGGGCGCUGGCAGCCGUCGGCCUGGUGUGCACCGCCCUGACCGCCUACGUCUGCUGGAAGCAGCUGCCGCCGCUGCCCCGAGCCGCCUCUGCCCCGCCGCGGCCAGUGAGCGUGCUGCUGUGGUGGGAACCCUUCGGCGGCCGGCACAUCUCUACCAGGCCGUCCCCCGACUGCCGUCUGCGCUUCAACAUCAGCGGUUGCCGCCUGCUCACCGAUCGCGCGGCCUACGGGGAAGCCCAGGCGGUGCUUUUCCACCACCGAGACCUGGUGAAGGGACCCCCAGACUGGCCCCCGCCCUGGGGCGUCCAGGUGCGCCCAGAGGAGGAACAGCAGGUGCUCGUGUUGGACGACGAGGAAGAACCGGUGGCAGCUGCGGCCGAAGCCCUGGCGGCCCGCGGUCCCAGGCCCCCGGGCCAGCGCUGGGUGUGGAUGAACUUCGAGUCACCCUCCCACUCCCCAGGGCUGCGAAGCCUAGAGAGUAACCUCUUCAACUGGACCCUCUCCUACCGGGCCGACUCGGACAUCUUCGUGCCUUAUGGCUACCUCUACCCUAGGACCCAUCCUAGCGAGAUGCCGCCAGGCCUGGUCCCGCCGCUGGCCCGGAAACAGGGGCUGGUGGCCUGGGUGGUGAGCAACUGGGACGAGAGCCAGGCCCGGGUACGCUACUAUCGCCAGCUGAGCCAGCACGUGCAGGUGGAUCUGUUCGGCAAGGGCGGGCCCGGGCAGCCGCUGCCCAAAGUCGGGCUCCUGCACACGGUGGCCCGCUACAAGUUCUACCUGGCCUUCGAGAACUCUCAGCACCUGGAUUAUAUCACCGAGAAGCUGUGGCGCAAUGCGUUCCUGGCUGGGGCGGUGCCGGUGGUGCUGGGCCCAGACCGGGCCAAUUAUGAGCGCUUCGUGCCCCGCCGUGCCUUCAUCCACGUGGACGACUUUCCAGAUGCCUCCUCCCUGGCCGCCCACCUCCUAUUCCUCGACCGAAACCCAGUCGUCUACCGCCGCUACUUCAGCUGGCGCCGGAGCUACGCCGUGCACGUCACCUCCUUCUGGGACGAGCCUUGGUGCCGGGCCUGCCAGGCUGUGCAGAGGGCCGGGGACCACCCCAAGAGCGUCCCCAACCUGGCUGGCUGGUUUGAGAGGUGAAGCCAACCUCCCUGGGUAUAACCCAGGGAGACCGAGUCGUCAGCUUUCGGGUCCUCUGCUGUGCAUCUCCUUAACUGCUGAAUCGUGGGACUAAAUUUUCUAAACAACCAUUUUUAAUCUGUUGGAACAAGUUGAUUUACCAAUGAAUAUUAUUCAGCACAGACUGGGGUGGGAAGGAUCCUGGCUGCUUAUGGUUUGCGCACAACUAACAGUUGGGCUCCCUCUGUUGUCCAAGGGCAUCCGUGGUCUGGGAUGAAGACAUGGUCCUUUCUCAUCUUGGAACCGGUGCAGAGGUGAAGAGGCAGAUUGACUACAAGAAACCAUUGUCCCUUGCCCUGAAUUUCCUCAUCUGUCACAGGUCAUAUGUGUGGCCUGUGCUGAGUCCAGAUCUCAGGCACUGCCCCACCUCUCACAUGUCACUGGGCCAAAUGCAGCAAAUUCCUGAUUUUAUAAAGAGUUUUGUUACAGGAUAGUGAGAGGAAAGUGGGGCUUUUCCCAUGUCCCUGGAUUCCUCAGGUGCACCUCCUAAGGUGAGGAGGUGAUCCAGGAAUCCAUGGACUUCCUUAGAAAGUAGUUUGUUCUCCUGCUUUAUGAAUGGACACAAGAUGCUGGAUGUCCUUGGAGAAGAGUUAGGAUGAAUCUUUGGUGUACCUCAUUUUGCAUAAAUGUAUUCCUGAAAAGCAGCUUUUGAAUCAAAUUCUCUGCUUUAGGAGAGCACAGUAUUUAACGGAACCCUAUGGAGAAUCCCUUUACAAUGUGAAAAAUCGUCUCCUUACUGAUUUCUUCUGUCUAUGUUUUUCGAUAACUUGGAUUUUUAAAAAAGCAUAUUAAAAUAACAGAUGUGAAAGUAAAGCAGAAGCACCCGUCUUCCUUCUUCCCAGAAAACCAGCCUGUGUUUACAAACAGAAGAGAAGGAAGCCACAGUGGCACUUUUCACAACAUUAUUUAUUUUGUAUCUUUACUGGAGCUGAAAUUUACACUGGAAUGUCAUUCUCCAGGGGUGCUGGCAUUACCUGUCUGCGGAACAAUGAAGGAGGUUGUACUGCUUUGUGGAAUCCUUUUGCAGGAAAAAAGUUUCCUGGUGUCUGUUAAUGGCAGUUUUUGUUUCUGUCUGCCAGUUUGUAGUUAAAUGUUUAAUCGCUAGAAAAUAGAACCUUCUAAGUGCCUGCAGUAAAACGUUUAUCU